UUACUGAUAUUUGCGGGUGUCCCCUUUCUUCGCAGAACGAAGCUAACGGAGGCGCGGGUGCAGGUCUGGUUCAGCAACAGGCGUGCCAGGCUUCGCAAACAGCUGAACAGCCAACAACUGAACGCCUUCAACAUGAGUCUACCUUUCCAAACCCAACACUACGGCAACGGUGCUGAGAGCUAUCAGAGCUACGGGCAGGCGAGCGUUGCUGCCGCCGCAGCAACCACCGCCGGCUAUUCUCAGCACUAUAACUACGGGGAGAACUACUACGCGGCGCAGCAGCAAUGGCCGCGGGCGACUCCGGACAACUAUGGGUAAGUGUUUUAGCGAUGCAUAUUAUAUUUG